ACUAAAGGUAACCAAACGAAACACUGAGCUAAUGCAAUACAUGGACAAAGGCCAGUUCAGUUAUUCAUUUCGUCAUGGAGUGGGACCUUUAGACUUACAGCAAGUACACGAUUUUAUCUAUUGAACUCGAUGCGUAAAAGUUUUUCCAAUCAGUGUGUGAAAUAAUUCUACUGACUGUAAUAAUAUUGAGUGAGCUGUAAGAGUGUAACCUGACAAUAUUCAUGCGCGGUUAUUUAUUUCAAUUUUCAAUUUGUUCCCUGACACAUAAUACACAAAGAUGUGUUUCCCAACAAAAAAUGUUCAGAAACGGGACUUUCUCGUAUCCACCUGAACUGCUUUGAAUGAGAUAAAACACAAAUCAGAAAGCAACCAUAAUACGCUGAAACUUGGCUCGACUGAUGCAUGGUUAGAUUUAUCCAAUUUCACCCCUGAACUAUCAUUUCGCAGGGAAACAGAACACAAGAUUUCCUUCUUCUCCCGUUGGAUAUUAAUGAUCGAUUAUUCUGUUUAGUACGUGUGAUUGAAGUCUUUUCCGUAUAAGUCACAAUCAAAUCAACACAAAAAAGUAGCAGUAGAUAAUAACAACGAAAAUGCAUGCUCUAGAAAAAAAUUAAGAUAAAAUAAAAACCGUGUUUUAGACAGUUUUCUAAGAAUCAACAAAACGACUCAAUAAAAUAUAACGUUAAUGAUAACAAAACGUUGCAUAUUACAAUAUUUUGAUACCAUAACCAUAUCUUGUCUUGAUAUUUCUGUGCUGUCAUAGCGAUACUUGAUAUUUCAUCGAAGGAAUCAAGAAAUCGUACAAUAUCUGUUUUGCAUUAAACGCAGACCCUGUCAGCUUGGAGCGAUCUCAAUCUUCAGUUCAGCAACGCCAUCGCACGGCGUCUCAUUCAACAUGUCAUGUCAAUUGUAUGGGUGCGCAGUGCUGCUAUUUUGGCGCGUACGAGUUCGACAUUUCUCUCCCCUACUUCUAUGUACGUAAUUCGAUGCGGACUCGCCUGAGGGCACCAUGGUCGCAAAAAAGGAUGUUGCCAAAGAUUUGUUCGGGAAAUGUGAGAGCUGGAUAUCUUGUUAAUAUGAUGUUCGUUAUUGAUGAGUUAUUUCAAUUCCAUUAAGUUCAAUUGAUCCAGUAGUUCUAUCUUCAAAUAAAAUACUAUUGAAUAAAGAACAUCAGAAUCAGAUAAUAUAAAUGCUUAUUAAAGACUGUCCCAGAAAGUAUGGACGCAACCAAAAACCGCUGCCAUUUCGCAAUGGUUCAGAAUCUGGCAAUUUUUAUGACUGCGUCGUGUUGUUUACACUCUUCUCUAAUCACUUGUGCAGUUGUUUAUUAGUUUUCAUUAGUUUGUUUCGAAAUGUGUGGACUUUCAGCAGAACAACGUCGGACUGUCACUGAGAAAGAUAGCAAAAAUGGAAGGAGUAAGUGAAAAAGUCGUGCGAAAUGCAAUUAGGAAGUUCGGUGAGGAUAACACCUUUGAGGAUAAACCGAAAACGGGUCGAAAAAAAGGUCCUGCUAACCCUCAGUUGCAUGAACGUAUAUUGAAGGCGUUCGAGCAAAAGAAGAAGGUUUCAGUUCGGGUUGUGGUAAAAAAGUGGGCACUUCGACGUCAAAUGUUCUUCGUGCUAAAGAACGUUUGAAUCUUUGAACCUAUAAGAAGCAGAAACAACCAAAACGUAGUCCGAAACAAAAAGCAUCGAUCAGGCCGAGGUUUCUAAAGCUGUACAAUACGAUUCUUGCUGGAAAUUUGAACUGCAUAAUCAUGGACGACGAAACCUACUUGAAACUCGAUUACAAAACCUUGCCGGGACCACAACAUUAUACGAAUCCACCAAAUUGCCCAGAACUUCGACCAAUUGAGGAAUUUACAUCUUAGGACACAUAUCUCGGCAGCCGAAACCAUUCAACAGUUCGAAAAAUAUUGAAAAAAAGUGUCAAAACUUGUCGCCAAGAAGUCUGUACGGAAUUUAAUGUGGGACGUUCGCAAGAAGGUGUGCCAGCUAGUCUACAAUGGCUAAGUAGCAAAUGUUGAGAAUAAUAUUCUGUUGUUGUAGUCUAAUAUUAUCAGAAUGUCGAAUAAAAUUUGAAUAUCCAACACUUGUGAAUUAUUUACAGCGAAAUCAAAGUGCGUCCAUUCUUUCUGGGAUAGUCUUUACAUUAUUAUAUUCUGAAUGUUAGAAUAUCAAAUAAAUGAAAAAUUCAUCUUCUAUAAAUAUUUUGUUUUUGUGUUUUGUUGCAAUUUGCCCAUGCAGAUUUUGUAAUGAUUUUUAAUAUUUUAACUCUUAUUUCGAACUAAAGAAUGUCAAUAUCUACCAUUGAGAUGUUUGGAUUUAAUAAUACAAUUUGUAAUUGGUUCACAAAUCACUUCUACCCGGAAGACGUUAUAUUCAAUUGAGAUGUAGAUAAAAUCGUUUUGUUGAUUUGUUCAUGGGUAAUACGAAAACACGAACGUUUCAGGAAAUGUUUAUCUGAAUUCUGAAAACACGGAUUUUUAGAAGACAUUUUCCAAGUUUUUUUUUGGAAACAGAAUCCUAAAUACUUCACAUUAAUAAAAUUAAACGUUAAACGUAGCAGGGAGAAAACGAUUAUUUUUAACUAUCGUUAGCUCGUUGAAGCUUCGUUCAGUUGCGAGUUCAAUGGAAAAUCUUCAAUACUGUACUCAGUUCCGGAAGAAAGGCAUUGAACUUGAACAUUUCACUCGAUAAGAAAUUCAAAUGUCUCGUGCAACCCGAUAUUAUUGUGUCCGUUUCCGGUUGCAUUAAACUAAGAAGGCACGCAAUUGUUUGCAGCACGGUCACGAUUAGUCCUCAAAUUGGUCAGUUCAUUCGAGCCCUUCCAACUGGCAGGAUGAAGUUCAAACCAGUGCUGGCCGGAGCGAGAACACUUUCGACAGAAUUCUGCGAUAACAGUUCGAUCCAUGGGGUGCGCUAUUUCGCAGAUCGGAAGGUCAUUUGGUGUGAGAAAUUCUGGUGGAUUUUGGUGUUUACGCUUUCUGUUGGUAGCUGCGGUCUACUAAUUCAACAAACCUACCGAAAAUGGAACGAAAGUCCGGUUAUUGUGAGCUUCGUCGAGAGGCCAACUUCAGUGUGGCAGAUCCCUUUCCCGGCGGUUACGAUCUGUCCCGAAGCAAAAAGUGCCUUCUGGAAGCUGAAUUUUACUGCUCAGUUUUUCACGUUCCUCAAUCAAUCGAGCGAGGAGCAUUCGAUUGAUUCUAGAACGGACUACCUUCUGGCAAUGACACAAACAUGUGAUAAAAAUAGCAUCGAAAGAUUUCUCAUGAGUGUUAGUACUGUACCAAACAAAACAUUGCAGGAAAGCUAUGCAUCACUCAUCUGGAAGUUGAGAAUUCCUAUUGAUGAUCUGCUCGUGGAGUGUUCGUUUCUCGGUGAAUCCUUCCCGUGUGACACUCUGUUCUACCCAACGCUGACGGAAGAAGGCAUCUGUCUGACUUUCAAUGGACUUUCAUCUGCGAACAUGCUUCGCUUAGAACAACUGGAAGAUCGAUAUUUAACUGGAACUUUUCCAACCCAGGACUGGUCAGUGGAGGAAGGCUAUUCUCCGGAAGCAACCUUCGAGGCAUAUCCAUUUCGAGCAGGAUCCGGUUAUUCGAUGGGGAUCUCCGUGUAUCUCAGCAAUCACCUGCUUCAUCACGAUCCUCUCUGUCGGGGAGUAACCAAAGGUUUCAAAUUGUUGCUACACACUCCGGCAGAUUACCCACAGAUUGCCAAAAAGUUUGUUCGUAUUCCCAUCAGCCAGGAAGUGACCAUCGCCGUCAAACCACAGAUGAUUACAACCACUUACGGUUUGCAAGGAUACACACCUGAGCGUCGGCAGUGUUUUUUCAACCAGGAACGUCAUCUGCAGUUCUUCCGCAUCUACACCCAGGGCAACUGUGAGCUAGAGUGCCUGACCAAUUACACUUUGCAGCUAUGUGGUUGUGUUUUGUUUUCAAUGCCCAGAAACGAUAGCGUGACAGUCUGUGAAACUAACGAGAUCCGUUGCGUUUGGCUAGCAAAAAGUUUACUUUACGACAUGGGUAUGACUGGUAACCGAGCGGAAGAAAUAAAAUUUCGUGCAAAGUGCGACUGCCUACCCGCAUGCACUGCUGUGCAGUACGACGAAGAGAUUACUCAGACUCAAUUCGACUGGUCGAACUGGGCGAGGACAUUCGGCAUUCCGGCAGAUCGACUCGAUGGGCAAUUUGUUUUGAUAACAUCAAUAUUUUUAUACAGGAUUGAAUUCGCUCAUCUCGCCGUUUACUACAAGGAGCCACAAUUUAUGCCACUAAGACGCAGUGAACUGUACGGGACUACUGAUUUCCUGGCAAACUGUGGUGGACUGCUGGGCCUCUGUUUGGGUGUCAGUUUGCUGAGCUUGGUUGAGCUACUAUACUACUGUUUGAUCCGACCGUUCACACUUUGGAAAGAGCAUCGGUCGUCUCGAGUGGAAGACCUGGAAGUUCCGGGUAUAAGCUUACUGAUGUAUCAAAGCAAGUGUGAUUGAGAGUCAAGGUGGAGAACAGUGAGGAUCAAAAUCUAAUGUAGAUCAAUGGCUUUCAGUAACAUUACUGUAACAAUCCUCAUUCAUUUCGAGAAUCACCAGAACUCUUGGAAGUUUUGAAAUUUUCCAUUCUGAACAAUGCGCUUAAAUUUAUGCUUCAAUUUUCGCAAAUUUAUAUUUUCAUGAAAUGUCCUAUGAUCCCAUGCUAAUGAAUUUUAUCCGAAUCCAGCAUCGUAUAAUAACAGAUAUUUUACCACUGUAAAAACGGUUUAGCUGGUGCAGGAAACUGGAAACCGGUAUAGUCGAAGUCGGUUCGUUUGGCCAACAACAGACCAAUUGAAAGAGCUCUGAGAAAAAUUUAGAUACAAAUACGUUUCUUGAGGCACGCUUCAUCCUGUAGUUCCGGAAAAGGGAAGUCAUAAUCGGCUUAAUUUAUUGAAAAUCUGAGUUCUUUGCAUUUAAUAUCUAAUUAUAUCGAAAACGGCAACUUGUAUAAGGAUGAUCACUUUGAUUAAAUUUAUUGCACUUCAAGUGUAGAAUCAUAUUCUAUUAAGUAAACAACUAUUUUACCUCAUAAUACGGGAAAAAUGCAUAAAAGUUAUUUCAGUCCAACUGCGAAUUUUAAGUUUCAAAUAAAUUUUUUUUAAGUCAGUAAUGUCAGAGACGCAACUGGAUGACAUGAACACGAAUAAAACUGCUUUUUCAAUUUUUAACAUUUUUCUUUUUUUCUAUAUGUAUUUAUUAUAAAAAAGUAAAACAAACACAAUAGAAAUAGAUUUAUGUGGAAUAAUUGCAUUUUUCAUGAUACUGUAGCAAAAUUAUGGCCACGACCGAUGUAUAACUUGUAACAAAAAUCAAAUGAAUCUAAAUAUUAUCAAAUUAUAACGCAAAAUAUUCGUACUUUGGCAUUUUCAGAGGGAAGUGUCGAAACACAUUCGGUAAAUUGCUCUAUCUGUAACAUAUAUAAAUGUAUGUCAUAAAUAAAAAAAUAAGAAAAUGCAAAUAAUUCCAAAUUUCUUAGAAUCCGCUCGGUUUUGGUUGUUUGAAUUUUGAAUUUCGUGAUUCAAAAGAAUAUUAGCAUUUUAUGAGAUUCAUAAUAACUGAUAGUACACGGAACGACCGAAAUUAGCUCUGCGCCUAAUUCGUAUUACUGUUUUUGAAUUAGUUGAUUUUAACAACAAAAUUUCCAAAAUAACUAUAAAAUUAGUUAUAAUUGAGAAUUUACUUUGCUGAAAAAAACUCUUAUUUUUAGAGAAUGUGUUUAGUUGGCGAAUAUUCUGGACACAAACCAGCAAUAUUUCAAUCCAGUACGAAAUUCUCAUUGACAACAAAUUUUGUUAUUAAAAUCAGAAAAUUUGUUUCUAUUUAUCCAUCACCAUCAUUACUGAAGGACAGGACAAA